AUGUCUUCUUGGUAUCUUGAUUGGGGUGUCAGUCCCUCUGUGCCUCAUGCUUCAGCUGCACGAAACACUGCGCCGCAGCUACGCGUUCCUAACCGCCAGGCCAUUCGUCUCCAGAGGACUGACAUACAGCACGAAACUGCGCAGGCGGCGAUUGCUGCGUACCGUGAUCGGGUCCACCCUCGGCCCGUGCCUCCGAGUCUAGUUACACAAGACACUGCGCCGCCACAGCUGCCACAGACGUCACAGCUGACCAUCCCUAACGCGCUGGUGAUUCCUCCCCCACCAAACGAUAUCCUGUAUGAAACCACGGAGGCUGCAAUCGCUGCUAUGAAUGUCUUUGCAAAGCCGUAUGGAUUCGCAAUUUCCACUAUGAGUUGUACAUCAUGGCAAGGUACCAGGCAAAUCGUUUAUCUUUGCUGCCGUCAAGAGAGGAAACGUCGAAUGCUACUGCCUCCAGGUUACAAGCGAACUGGCAUUGACUGCCCCUUUCCAUCCAUUCUACGACUUCAAGCCGAUGGAAGAUGGUUGGUCACUCUGCCAAACGCUACUCAUAACCAUGGGAUCUACACUGGAUCAACACACAUCAUUCACCGGCGUACAGAGGUUACGCAAAAGGCAGCACUAAUUGACGCUCAGAUCCGACGUGGCAAGGGUCCAACUGCAAUUCUUAGAUUUCUUCGUGAUGAGGAUCCAACGACGUGUAUCCUCGUACAAGAUAUCAAAGCUUACCGAAAGAAGGCUCUGAAACUAGCUGCUCGUGAGCAGGCUUUGUCGACGCCAGCGUUCAUGGGACCUUACCAGGUUUCACAGCCGAAGUAG